AAUCAAUCGAUCGUCACAUCAGGUGUGCAUUAACUAUUUCUAGGAUGUUCUUGAGGGCUUGAUGGUGAAUUGUCUGGCAUUUAUCAAAGUGCACGUGAAGCCACUGUCUCGUUGGAAAUAUGGAAAUGAAAAAUAGUGAAUUUUUCACUAUUAUUCUUGUUACUAUUAUUUCAAAUGGCAAUGGGAUACUAAUACAUCCUCCACCAUCACCAUUGACUCUUCAACUGAUGGUGGAGUACGCUAAGUACAGAUCGUGGGAGCAGAUUGUACUGUUUGAUGAUUUAUCGAAUGGGAAUAACGAUAUUUUGUAUUAUGCGAGAACUCUCAUUAGCUGUUUGAGUGAUGAAGGAAUGAGUUUGUCAAUUCAAUCAACACUAACGAAUAAACUAUCCGAGGCCUUGAAUAUUCGACGACAUCGAGUUGGAGCAAUCGUUCUCCUCGAUCGAUUAAAUCAAACGUCAGCGGAAAAUGUUUUAAAAACAGCAUCGGCAAAACGACUAUUUGAUUAUUAUGUAUCUUGGUUGUUAAUAACAACGGAUCCCAAUGAUGCGAGUAUCGAUUUGAUCCUGAGGAAUUUAACCAUUGGAAUCAAUUCAGAUGUUGUUGUUGCAACUUCUAGCUCUAGUGCUCAUGAGAUGAAAAAGGAGAUGACGAAUUAUCGAAACAGACGAUUCCGCGAGUAUGUGAAGAUGUACAAUUUUCAAUGGAUAAAUUCAAAUGACUUUAUUGGUAAUGGGACAAAAAAUCUGGAAUACUCGGUGAUGGAAAAUCGAUCGAUAUCAUUCUAUCUCGUGCACAUUUACAAAAUACGAAUUAAUGAUAAUUCGAGUCUCGUUGUGGAUCCCCUGGGGUGUUGGAAUCCCGGUGCACCAGUUCUCAAACUUCCGAUUAAUAUCGCUCUGAGGAAUAAUUUUUUUCAACUGCCGAUUGUCGUUGGAAUUUUAAAUGGCACGAGUGACGAUCAAAACGGGGAAAUAACAUCAUACGAAGAGGAGCCAAUUGAAGUUCAGCCCAUGAAUGAUUUUAUUCAAUUUCUCGGUCACAGUUUGAAUGCUAGUCUGGAGAUAGUGGCGCACGAAAAAUUGGGGACCCUGACAAACAAAGUCUGGAGCAAUCUUCUGGGUGACGUGUACACUGGUGCUGUGGACAUUGGGCUCGGUUACAUCACGAUUAAUGAGGAUCUACAUCGGGACAUGAGUUUUACUCAUCCUCUGAUACGUUACACGAGAAAUAUCUACAUAAGACCACCGGAAUCUGGAACAAUGAGGGACAUAUUUCUCCAGCCAUUCAAUAAUCGUUUGUUAUUCUGCGUUGCACUCAUGCAGAUAUUUAUCAUUAUUACUAUUGGGUCGAUAAAUUAUGCGACUAAUAAUGUGUUCAGGGAACGAAGGGGGAGACAAACUGGCAUUGGAGAGGCCACACUCUGGUGCACCAGUAUUAUGUGCAUGCAAGGAUCACCCUGGAAUCCUUCGAGCCUCUCCGGGAAAACUGCCCUCCUGGCAAGUUUGAUAUUCGCCCUGGUGACGUACAACGCAUACGCUGGUUUUAUAACUUCAAUUUUAUCGGUCCAGGCGACGGGAAUAAAAACCCUUGAUGAUCUUCUUCACAAUAAUUUCAAACUCGGUUACAGCGACGUGGAUGACGAGUACAUGCGAAAUGCGAAUGACAGUGCACUCCGACAAUUGUACAUCAAGGCGUUUAAUGGACGAGAGUCGAGAUUGAGUACGAGCAAGGGGUUGCAGAGGGCUGUUGGCGGUGGUUAUGGGUUUUUUGCAAGUGCAACCCUUGCACGACGUGCCCUGAGGACUUCACUCAUUCAUGAGAGGUGUUCACUCAAAGAAAUUGAGAUCAGACACACUUUUACAACCGUUGCACUGCCAAUGGAGCAGAACAGCCCUUACGAGAAAAUUAUCAAUUUGAGUAUUUUGAAAAUGGGAGAGCGCGGAGUGAUCGACAAAAUAAGAGAGAAGAUGCUACCGGAUAUGCCGAGAUGUCAAGCCCUCACGACUUUUCACAGUGCAAGAAUUGCUGAUGUUUACUCGGCGUUUAUUAUCCUAGCGAUCGGUAUCGUUACUUCCCUCUUCCUGGGAGUCAUCGAGAGAAUCUGGAAUCAGAGGAGAAUUUUUAUCGGUCGUAUCACGGGUCGUGUCAAGUCCCGGAGGAAAUUACCACCAGGAAAUUAUCUCAGGGUAAUCAAUCAAUCGCCGGGUCUGUCUGCUAAUUGGUGGCGGGUGAAUUCGAGAGUUGAGGGGAAAUUCAAUAGGAUCGCUAAACCCCGAGUUUUUCCAUUUCAUCACUGAGGUUUAUUUAUUAAAUA